AUGAGAUUGCAGCAGAAUGAGAUUGCGUACGUCCUGAAUGCCAGUAACACAUGUCCCAAACCAGACUACAUCCCUGAGUCUCACUUCCUGCGAGUUCCUGUCAACGACAGCUUCUGCGAGAAGAUCCUCCCCUGGUUGGACAGAUCUGUAGAGUUCAUAGAGAAGGCCAAAGCCUCCAACGCCUGUGUGCUGGUCCACUGUCUGGCUGGCAUCUCCCGCUCGGCAACCAUCGCUAUCGCUUACAUCAUGACGAGGAUGGACAUGUCACUAGACGAAGCUUACAGGUUCGUGAAGGAGAAGAGACCCACCAUCUCUCCUAACUUCAACUUCCUGGGUCAGCUGCUGGACUUUGAGAAGAAGAUCAAGACUCCUGGAAGGUCGGAGAUCAGAGAAACCACCGGGGUCAAACCCUCUCCUCUCCUCCACCCCCCACUAGAGCAGGACCCCCCUAACCCUACCCCCAGCCUCCCAGACCCUGCCUUGGCCUUGCUGGAGCCCCUGACCCUGCCGUGUGUCCUGGCCCCCUGGCCUCCAGAGGAGAGGCUCCUGGCCCAGGCUCUCCAGGGGCUCCAAGACCUUCAGCUGGACCAGGGGACGGAGGACAGCGCUGCCCGUCUGAAAAGGUCCUUCUCUCUGGACAUCAAGUCGUACAGGGAGCCAGGAGGCUGCAGCAGCGCCCCCAUGAGGCCGUACCCCCACCCUACAUCCCACCCCGGAGCCCAGGAGUAUUAUAACCCAUCCGUGAGCUUCAAGGAGCCUGCAGGGAAACCGUAUCAGUUCUCUCCUGUGAAGGAGAUGUCAGAGCAGUCUACACCGGAGCCGAGCCCUGACAAGGAGCAGGACGACGGUCCCGCAGCUUCCACUGCUUCUCCUGUAGUCUCCACCACAACCAGCACCACUACCACCUCCAACCAGCCCAGCAUGAAGCAGCCCAGCCAGGCUAAGCCUCCUCCACCUCCCCUCUCCUGUUCCCAGCAGCUCCACCGUAGUGGCAGUAUGGAGGAGAGCUCUAACCACACCCCUCACACCACCGGCUUCCUGUUCGGCCUAUCGCGUUCCCAGCAGCACCUGUCCAAGCCCGCCCCUAACCUAGGCUCCGCCCUGAAGGGCUGGCACUCUGACAUCCUAUUGGGUCCCGUCACCGUGUCGUCGGGGGGAUGGUACCUCUCCGAGUCACACCACUUCUACUCCACCUCCGCCAUCUUAGGAGGCGGGGCUAACAUUCUGGGGGGUGGCAGCGUGGCGGCGUACAGCGUGAGUCAGGGGUUGGAGGAGGUGCGCGGCGCGGGCGGCAGAGGAGCGGCGACCACGGGGACUCGCGGAGGAGCUGGCACGAGGAGAGCACCUUGGAGAAGCAGCUGAAGAGACGGAGCUGUCAGAUGGAACUCGGAGACAGGAUGAGAGGAGGAGGCGAGACUAGAUCCAGGGAGGAGAUGGGGAGUCACAGCAGCUUCUCAGGAAGCAUGGAGGUCAUAGAGGUGUCCUGAGAGGGACAUUCAAUAUGGCCUCCAGGCCACCCCUUUACGGGAUCAUUGAUUUGAAUGGAGACGUCCGUUCUAGGGAGUAUAAACCUCCUCAGAUCAGACCCAUGUUGAGGGGAAAGACUUGUUAUGGACCCAUCUUAUUGUCCCACUAGGGACUUGAACCUUGAACUGAUCUAAGCGGUUCUAUGUGUACUUGUGUCGCGACAGUUGGCAUUAAUGUAGUUGAACUUUGACCUGGAAGCAGAAAGCAGCUGAUGAAUGUGAUGAAGAGGUGAACUCUGAGAGGACUGAGACAAACUGAGUCUUUUGUUUGGAUGAGUGUUCAUCGUUUUCAUUUAUUUCUGAAUGUUGAUGAUCGUCGUCAAGGAGCAGUAGAUGUGUGCCUGACGUUGGAUUCAUGGAGCUUUUAUGAAGCCUUAUAAAGUCUUUAUGAAGCCUUAUGAAGUCUUUAUGAAGCCUUAUGAAGCCUUUAUGAAGCCUUAUGAAGCCUUU